AUGUUCAGCAUCCGGAAGUUAGUGGUUCCCACAAUCGGAAGUGCAUUUCGCCAAAUUGUGCAGAGGAAGCAAAAUGUGAGGUUAAGUUCCACAUACAGGGCAGCGAUUCUCACGGAAUUCAAUAAAAUCCCCAGGAUUGAGAGGAUGAAGGUGCAGAAUGAACUCUUCCCAGGCCAGGUGAAAAUCGGCGUUCACUUCUGCAGUCUCAACUACACUGACGUCCGGAUCAUGGAAGGCAGUCAGGAAGUGGAGCUUCCGCUGGUGCCGGGCUCUGAGUUCUCUGGUGAGAUUCUGGCUGUGGAUCCGGACAAUCGACUGGACUUCAGCGUGGGCGAUAGAGUGUUGGCGCUGAGAGGACAUCUCACCAGUUGCGGCGGUCUGGCCAGUGAAGUGAUCCUCAGCGAGAUGGACUGCUUCCUGCUCAGCGACAUCUCCCUCAAGGACGCUGCAAUCCUGCCCUAUGGCCACGGCACCGCCAUGCUGACAUUCUCCAAGUACUGCCCGCUCGACGAGAACGACACGGUGAUUGUGAUUGCCGGUCCCGGAGGUCUCGGCCUGGGCGCCAUUGAGGUGGCAUCGAGUGUGUAUCGCGCCCGGGUGAUUGCCAUCUGCGACACGGAAGACAGCAGCAUUCUGAUCCGCGACGAGGGCGCCUUCCAGACCAUCUGCAUGUCCGAGGGCUACGCCAAAGUGUACAGAUUCCUCAAGAGCGCCCUCGGCGAUCGGCGCGCCAAGUGCAUCUACGACGCCGUGGGCGGCGAGGCGCUCCACUUGCUGCAGGACUUUAUCGAUCCCGUCGCCGGACGUCUCAUCACUGUCUAUCCGCUCUUCGACGCGGAAGCCUUCAAGAGCGCCACGCCGGACUUUGGCGUGCGGCAGAAGGAUCGCGUGGACAGGACAGCGCUGGAGAAGCUGCCGCCAAUCCACGAGCGCGUGCAGCACGUGGAUCUGUACAGCUAUCAGUAUCAGGACAGGGAGUUCUUCCGCGGCAUCAUUGAGGAGACUCUCGAGCUGUACAGCGAGGAGCUGAUCAGUGCACACGUGAGCAAAGUGUUCACGCUGGAGCGACUCGAGGACGCAGUGUCAUUCAUCAAGCAGAAGAAGUGCACGGGAAAAGUGCUGAUAGAAGUCCGGGAAGACGAUUCCGAUGAGUCUGACAACGAGGACAAGCGCAAGAAGGAUUAG